UCCAACCUUCCAACUUCAAAGAACACCAUUUCAAACCUUACCCUUUUUCGAAAAAGCCUCCAGUAUGCGUUUCUUCAUUGUCACUGCCAUCCUUGCUGCUGUUGCGGUCGCAUCUCCUAUCGUCGAAAAUGUGGAACGUGGCGACAGGCCUGACCCAACGACGGUCAAGGUCACAAAAGUGACAUGGGCAGGUACUGGCUGCCCUGCGGGAUCGGUUGCUUAUGACAUUGGCGAGGAUGGCACAGUCGUCGCCCUAUCCUUCGACAAGUAUGUCGCUCAGACUGGUGGCAACGCCGAGCCCAAAGAUGCGCGUCAAAACUGCAACGUGCGCAUGACGAUGAACUAUCCUGCUGGAUGGUCAUAUACUGUAGCCUCUACCAUCCUCCGUGGAGGAGCUAAGAUCCCGAAGAACUGCGAGGCCACUCUAGGUGCGAAAUACUUCUUCAGCGGACAAGUUGACGAGGCGAAGUGCUCCCGCAAAUUCAAGGGUCCUUUCAAUGACGACUAUAUUCAGGAGACUGGUGUGGAUGCUCUGGUCUGGUCCAAGUGCGGUGUCAAGGGCAAGGAAGGUCCACUCUUCAAUGUCAAUUCUGAAGCGAAAAUAGACUGUAAGGAUGCUGCGUAUCUCGGCGUUGAUACGCAGGAUACAAAGUUUGAGAUGAAGUUGUUGUUGCAGUGGAAAAAGUGUUAGAUGAGCAGGAAUGUGGUAGCAGAUGGGUAUGGAGAAAAUACAUCAAAAAGAGUAAGGGAGGGUAUAGGUGGGCGAAAGUAGGAUAACGGCAGACUGGACGCUCCUUAACAUAUUGAUGUGUUGCGUG